AUGGACGGUGCGGCAACAGCUUGCCGCUAUUUGGAAAGCGAUCCACGCAUGGUUGGAUUCUUGUGCACGGCAUGCUGUGUACUGGUGUUAGUCGCUGCCAUGCUGCUGAUCGUGCGGAAGCGCUUGUGCAAGCACCCCAGAAAAUGCGGCUCCAUUCCCGGCCCUGCUGUCGGAAAAGCGGUCUCGACUGUGGCGCAAUACGUCGCAGAUGUGCAGUCAGGCUGUUUCUGCAGCACAGGACGAUUGGUUGCUCGGCGUCCGUGGUGCAUCAUUGCUGCAGCGCUUCUACUAGCUGCCACUUGUGGAAGUGGCCUGCUUUGGCUACAGGUAGAUGAAGAUGUCGUGGAGAUUUGGGUACCUUUUCAAGCGGAGAGCGUCCUCAAUAGAGAUCGCCUACAAGCAUUAACAGCGCGGCCUCCCUCCCGAUCGGUGUCUGUCCUUCUUGUUUCCCGCAGCCUCGGCUUUUCCAGCAAAGAGUCCUUGUUGCAAGCGCUGGCAGUCCACAACACUUUGGUCGACAUCGUGAUCAACAGUACAGCCGGAAAGCGAUCUCUGCUGGGCGCAUGUCUUGCCCCAACUGCCUGUUAUGACAAGGAUGGAGGGUUGCUUGCUGGCCCUGACAGCAUUCUAAGCCCUUUGCAGCUGUGGGGGUUUGGCGAGGGAGCAUUGGAAUCUGACCCAGAUCCAGUCCAAAAGCUGAAGUCGGCGGUGGAAGGGACAUCCUUCGAGGCUGCCAGUCUUGGCCAGUUGCUAGCAUGGGAUGAAGAUCGAGUUCAUGCACUUCGCAGUGUCUAUGUGCUCGAUGGAAGCUUGCCCAUGAAGCAGCACAUCGAGCAGUGGGAGACGGCAGAAGACCGCUCGCCAGCCUGGUCUGUCCACGUGUUCAGCCAGCGUGGGUUGGCAGAUGAUUUGGAGGAUGCAGUUGAUAGCGACGUCAACAGCAUUGUCCUGGGCUACUGUCUGAUGUCGGUAUAUGUCAGUGCAUUCAUUGGUCGCCACGUAGAUCUACAGCGAGGAAGGGGUUUGAUGGCGACGGCAGCCAUGCUAUCCGUGGGUCUGGCCACGCUGACUGCCUUCGGCCUGUGUGCAGCGAUUGGAGUUCGCUACAAUGCCACUGUAAGCAUAGCCAUCUUUGUGAUUAUGGGAGUCGGUGUGGACGAUUCCUUCCUGAUCGUGCGGACCCUGGAAGAAGAAGAUGAUGCCGAGGGCCCAGGCACCGAGGAGCGGAUCGCGAAGGCGCUCGCCAAGGCUGGGCCCUCGGUGCUCCUCUCGUCCACCACCAACAUUCUCGCUUUUGCCCUUGGGGCUGGUACUCCCAUGCCAGCGCUGAUCUCCUUUUGCAUCUACACGAGCGUGGGCAUGGCCACGGACUUCGCAUUUCAAGUAACUUUCUUCGUUGCCAUGCUGGCCUUGGACGAGAGGCGCCGACGAUGCAGUCCUUCAUGCUCAAUCAUCCCAGAGUUUUGUCGUGUUGGCCGGAUACAUUCCUGUGGUUGGAAAGGGCUACUCGAGGCCUUGUCAAAGUCUUUAACCUCCUCGGCAUGGUUGCGGAGUGCAGUCCUGCUGCUUUGGCUGACGCUGAUGACCGCUUCGACCGUCGUGGCCUUCGACUUGAAGGUGGGCCUGGAGCCACAAGAGCUUGUGCCUGCCAGCUCGAUGACAGCAGCUUAUUUUCGUCAACUCGCAGUGCUGCCUUCGGAAGCUGAAUUUCCAGAGAUUCUAGUCCAACAUCAGGAGAUCGCCGACCCAGCUCUUGACCUCGGCGUCGCUCCGCUUGAAGACGCGUCAACGCAAGAGGGGCUGUUACAUCUCUACGAUUCGUUGAUUGCCUCAACCGACGUCAUUGACUCGUUUGGAAGCCUCUGGCUAAAGACUUUCAAGGAGGCUGAGAGAGAACGUGGUUCUCCUCCUGGUUGGAACUCUGUCAGUCUGACAGGAAAGCUCGAGUCUUUCAUGAACUCAUCAGAAGGCCGAUCCCUUGAGCGUGCUGGAGCUUUCGUCAGGACCGCUGCGAGCUCUGGAUCCCUGCUGGCGACGCGCAUCCGCCUGCUUUCAAAGGAUUACAAGCCCUGGAAAAUGCUGUCCCUCCGUGCCACGGUCAGCGAGGCGAACUUGCGCUUGGAGAAGGCUGCGUUCGUGUACUCUCCAUCAGACGUGUAUCGAGAACAAGAUGCAGUUCUAAUCCAAAACACUACAGCAUCAUUGCUGUUCAUGCUUAUUGCGGUGCUGGCAGCCGUUUUUGUGCUGUCCUUCAACUUUGCAAUGAUGGCCGCUCUGACGCUCGCCUUGUACUCCUGCUGUGUGCACAUGUUCGGCUGGAUGGUCUUGACUGGGCUGCAGCUCAACUCGCUUUCCGUAAUUCCUUUACUGCUUUCUGUGGGCCUGUGUGUUGACUACUGCGCCCACAUCGCGCACUCCUUUUGGCACAUGUCGGGUUCCUCGAAAUCAAGGGCCUUGGCAGCGCUGCAGGGCCGUGGUCCGGCAGUGCUGCAUGCCGGAAUAAGCACCGGCCUCUCUCAAAUGCCCCUUGCUUUCAGCCAGUCGGCCGUGUUCACGACCUUCUUCAUCAUGAUGACAGGGAUGGUGCUGGUGGGGCUGUUUCAUGCACUGUGUGUGCUCCCCGUUUGCCUCAGCUUCUUGCCAGACACAGAAGGUGACAAGGACUGCUGUGUUGCGGGCUCCGCUACACCCCCGGCGAAGAUCGGCAUAUCAGACGGAGGCCAUCCGCCGCUUUAA